AUGUUUACUCAACAACGCCUGCGUCCCAAUACUCAAGAGUUAUUGAAAGAAACGAACCACCUUUGCGAAGCCUUCGCCAUUAGCGAGUCCAUCUUGGCACGCUACCAACGCAACAACAGGCAACUUUCUGAGUCAGAAAAAAAGGCAUUUGCCUCACUGUUACUGCGAGUGCCACAUGAUUUUCUCACUGAAACCGUUGCGUCGUUGGGGACCUCGAAAACGUCUUCAAUUGGUCCAACGACGGAUUUGGGAUCUCUAAUAGACAAUGUUUUCGGCUUUGGCAAACCUCUUAAAGAUGUUUUUCAAUUACUAAAUCAAGAACUCGGCAACUGCCUUAAUUCACCUAGGUGCCGCGUAUAUUACCUUGACCCCACCGACAACCUUCUAAAGGACCCUGUGUAUGCCACAGCCUCGACACUUGAUGAAACAACGCCACUCGGCAAAGCGGUGCUUACCGGCAUCCAACGCGAAAUUGCUGGAACGCUCUACCUGCCACUUUCCUUCGAAGGUAAAGUGAUAGCAUGCGUGGAGAGUGCAUGGGGAAGUCCAGAAAAAGGCGACAAGCGGAGAAUCAAGGAAACACUUCAGUUUGUGGCAUGCGCUAUGCACAACGCCAUCGAGUCCGAGAGACUAAGAUGGAACAAAGAAAAGGCUGAGGCCAUGCUGGAGAUGGCAACGCAGCUUGCCCGUGACAAUCUGGAUGAGGCUGUGCUUGCAAACUCCAUCAUGAACACUGCCAAGGUGCUUACCGAGAGCGACCGCUGCAGCAUAUUCCUUGUCAAAGACGAUACCCUGGAGGCCCACUUUGAAGAUGGGAAUAUUGUUGCCAUUCCGAUUGCCACGGGCAUUGCCGGUUACGUGGCCCAGACGGGACAAACGGUCAAGAUCUCCGACGCGUACUCUGACGACCGCUUCAAUCGUGAAGUGGACAAGGCGACUGGGUACCGCACCAAGACGAUCCUUUGCAUGCCUGUGACGUACGAGGGGUCAAUUGUGGCUGUUGCCCAGUUGAUUAACAAGCUGGACAUGGUGACGGAGAGCGGCCUGAGACUGCCACGCACCUUUGGCAAGCGUGACGAGGAGCUUUUCCAGACCUUCUCCAUGUUCGCUGGAGCCUCACUCCGGAACUGCCGCAUCAACGAGAAGCUGAUUAACGAGAAGCGGAAGAGCGAUGCCAUCUUGGACGUUGUGACGCUGCUGUCAAACACCGACAUCCGUGACGUGGAUGGCAUUGUGCGCCACGUGCUUCACGGCGCGAAGAGGCUCCUGUAUGCAGAUCGCUCCGCGUUGUUUCUGGUGGACAAGGAGCGGAACGAACUGUACAGCCGCAUUGCGGACAGUGUGGCUGGGAAGGAGAUCCGCUUUCCGUGCGGGCAGGGAAUUGCUGGCAUCGUGGCAUCGACUGGCAUCGGUGAGAACAUCCUUGACGCCUAUCAAGACCCUCGAUUCAACCGAGAAGUGGACAAGCAGCUUGGGUACCGCACACAGACCCUGCUAUGUGAGCCAAUUGUGCUGAACGGUGAGAUCCUUGCUGUGGUACAGCUUGUGAACAAACUGAAUGAAGCCGGGGAGGUGACUGUGUUCACGGAGAGUGACCGGGAGACGUUUCGUGUCUUCUCUCUCUUUGCAGGCAUAUCCAUCAAUAAUUCCCACCUUCUGGAGUUUGCAGUGAAAGCUGGACGCGAAAUGAUGGAGCUGAAUGAGAACCGUGCAUUGGCUGGUGGCCGUACUGGUUCGUUGCGCAAUAUAAAACGUCCGCUUGCAAUCACGGAAGCUGAAAGACAGGCUGUGCGAGACAUCAAUCUCGCCCAUCUGGACAUCACAAGCAUUGACUUUGACCUGUUUUAUUUGCGCGAGAAUAUGGAAUUACCACUUGACGCUGCCGCUGCUGUUGCGUACAGGCUGAUUGUUGGGACCGGUCUCCCGCAAAAGUUCCGUUGCCGCGAUGACACGUUGCUGAAUUUUAUCCUGCAGUGCCGGAAGAAGUACCGCAACGUGCCGUACCACAACUUUUACCACGUUGUGGAUGUGUGCCAGACCGUAUAUACCUUCCUGUACAAGGGAGCUGUGUGCGAAAAGCUGACGGAGCUCGACUGCUUUGUGCUUCUUGUGACGGCGCUGGUGCACGACCUGGACCACAUGGGGCUGAACAACAGCUUCUACCUCAAGACGGAUUCCCCUCUUGGUAUUCUGUCGAGUGCGAGCGGCAACGCCUCGGUGCUGGAGGUGCACCACUGCAAUCUUGCUGUUGAAAUUCUUUCGGACCCGGACUCGGAUGUGUUUGAGGGCCUUGACGCCGCCGACCGCACCUUGGCGUACCGCUCCAUGAUUGACUGUGUGCUUGCCACGGAUAUGGCCAAACAUGGGAAAUCACUGGAAAGUUUUCUGUCGGUGUUGGGGAAUCCUGAAACCAGUGAGCAGCGUAUUGCUGAACUGACCAUGCAGAUUGUGUUGAAGGCGGGCGAUGUCUCCAAUGUAACCAAACCAUUUGAUAUCUCUCGCUUAUGGGCCAUGGCGGUGACGGAGGAAUUCUACCGGCAGGGUGAUAUGGAAAAGGAGAAGGGCGUGGAGGUUCUGCCCAUGUUUGAUCGCUCAAAGAACACGGAGCUGGCCAAGGGGCAGAUUGGCUUCAUUGACUUCGUUGCCGGCCCGUUCUUCAAGAAGAUUGUGAGUGCCAGUCUCACCGGCAUGCAAUGGACAGUCGAACGUGUGGAGAGUAACCGUUUGGAGUGGCAGCGAUCACUUGACGCCAAGUAG